AUGUUCGCCCCCACACUGGGGGCAGCGUCUGCUGCUGCUGCUGCUGCAACGGCAGCAGCAGCAGCAGCAGCCAAGGCAAACUUCUCCGUAUUCCAAGCUGCAGCAAAAUGCAGCACAAUACUUGGAACGGGAAGAAUUAAACACCCUCACAGCAGCCGCAGCAGCAAUUGCAGCAGCCGCAGCAGCAGCAGCUACAACAGCAGCAGCAGCAGCACCAGCAGCAGCAGCAGGAUUGGGAGGCUUGCACUCUCCACCUCUGUCUGCACCCCUCAGGUGUGGAGCUACGGCGUCCCCCCUCUUGGAUGCAGCAGCAGCAGCAGCGCAAGCAGCAGCAGCAGCAGCACAAGCAGCAGCAGCAGCAGCAGCAGCAGCUUUGGGUUGUGGCAGCAGCUACAGCAGCUACGAUUUUCUAAACAUCCGCUGAAGCUCAAAACGCUCGACCUGCAGCAUCCUCAUGUCCCUGCCCCUGAGCAUUUGCCUCCUCCUCGUUAUGCUGCUGCUCGUCUAUCGGGUCUGCAGCAAUUUGUUCCUGUAAACUGCUACAGAGAAAUGCACCAACAGCCGCAUCAGCAGCAGCAGCAGCAACAACAGCAACAGCACCAUAAUCAUUAUCAUCAUCAGCAUCAUCAUCAGCAACAGCAGCAGCAGCAGCAGUUGCAACAGUAG